UACUGUAGUAAAAACUAACAAUACCGCUUCUAGUUAGUGAAAAGUCACCAGCCAGUUAGCAGUUUGUUGAGCUACAUAAACUGGGCUAAUUAAUUAAUAAAGCAGCUGGUUAUCUACAAUAUAUAUUGCUUGUGCUUGACAUUAGGAUGCAGUUAGCAGCUCGACAGUCCUGCUGAUGUUUAGUGUGAUAUUUUUUUCGACACUGAGCUUCAGUGAAAACACCUCCAGCCUGUUUGCAGGGUGGAGAGAUGAUGUUCACCGAGUGCUACCGGGACAGCUGCUCGGCGGUGGCGCUGGCAGCGAGAAGAGGAGACUGCAGGCUCCUACAGAGACUCCUGAGGAAAGGACACUCGGUCGAUGUGAAAGAUAACCGCGGCUGGAGCGCGUUACAUGAAGCUGCUGCUGGAGGACAUGCGCAGUGUGUGCGCCUUCUGCUUAGCGCUUCCGAUAGCUGUGAAGACUAUGUGAACUCAACGACGCACAACUCUGAAACACCUUUGUAUUUUGCGGCAAUGAACGGCCACCUCCGGGCAGCACGGUGCCUCAUACGGGCUGGGUCAGAUCUUAACAAGAUGUCCAAUGACCUCUCCAGCCCACUUUUUGCAGCCGUGGAUAGUGGCCAUAAAGAAGUCGUGGAGCUGUUAGUCAGCGAAGGAGCAGAGGUUAAUGGAAGACACUUCAUCUCGGGCUGGUCCUGUCUUCAUCAGGCUGUUUAUAAGGGCCACUCGGAGAUUGUAAAAUUUCUAGUAAGCGUCUGUUCUCUUGAGCCUGUGGAUGAAUAUGGGAUCACGCCACUGUUUGUUGCUGCACAGUAUGGACAUCACCACUGUCUAGAGAUCCUUGCCAAUGCUGGUGCGAAUGUGAAUUGCCAGGCGAAGGACAUGGCCACCCCACUGCUCAUUGCAGCUCAGGAAGGCCAUUUAUCAUGUGUGGAGCUCCUCCUGGCCCAUAAGGCGGACCCAAACCUCUACUGCAAUGAAGAUCAGUGGCAACUUCCCAUCCACGCUGCAGCCCAGUUCAGUCGCAUCAGUAUUCUAGAGAAGUUGAUCCCGGUGACAGACCGGGAGUGUAACCGGGGAGAGGGAAAGGUCAGUCCAGUGUAUCUGGCAGUGCUAAGUGGUCAAGCGGAAAGCCUCCGGCCUCUGCUCAGAGAGGGCUACAGUCCAGAUGCUCAGAGCUGCAGGGAGUUUGGAUAUUCCUGCCCACUGGACAUGGCUCUCUGCUGUAAUUCUAGGGACCUGGGCAGUGAUUUCCACCAGGGUCAAGAGAUCGUGAAGAUGCUACUUGCUGAAGGAGCUCAUGUCAGUCUGGCUACAUACAUAUUUACAUUAAACAGCCGCGUACCUGAACAUCUGUCGCUCAUCCUGGAAUAUGCUGGCCUGCCUAAGGGCGAGCAGCUGGAGGCACUGGUUCAGGCAGCGCUUGAUAAAGUGGCCAAUGCUUCAUGUUGGCUUCCAAAGCUGCUCAAAGCAGGACUAGACCCUCUACGAUUUCUUCAGCAGAGAAUGCUAGAAGAGGCGGAGUCGAGCAUACUGAAUUUCUUCCUGGAGUUUAUUAACUGGAAAACCCUGCCCUCCAUAUUGCUUCGCAUCCUUUCUCAGCGCAGAGCAGAGGGCACCUGGAGGCCACAUAAGCAUUUUGAGUGUGUUCCUGAUCUGACUCAUCUGUGCAGACUCGCUGUAAGAGCUACAGUAGGCAGCGACGCUUUGUCUAAACCCUCUUUCGUUCAGCAACUACCUGUUCCCGCACUUCUUCACGACUACCUCCAGUUCAAUGACAUCUCGAGCAUGUACACCUUCAAAGCCUCAUCUAACCAAGAAUCAGAUAAUUAAGUGAUCUCACACAUUUCGAUUUUGUAUAUAGUAUAUGUUAAUAAAACCUUUGGACACUGCUGAAAUCAGAUUUGCUUUAUGUGUUCCUUUCCUUUUUAAUCUUCAUUUUCUUCUCACACACAGCAGGCCUUUAGACAAAGCUGGAGUUGAAAUUCACCUCUGCUCCAUGUCUUUGGUCUCCCUCGUUAUCUCCCUUCUCCUUCUCAGCUUCUCCCCUCACUAUCUGCCUUCAAGGUUAUACAGGCACAAGACACAUACUCUCUUCCAAUGCUAAUUAUGGACUUCGGCACAUCUGUUUAGGCUAGAGGCAUAUCUUUUCUUUGUCAUCGUAUUUUUCCCCCUUUUUUAUUAUACACUUAUCUUCUUACAUUUUAUGGAUGGGCACCACAUGCUGAUAAAAGCCAGGAGUGUUUUUUUUUUUUCCCCUCUCCACACUGUAAAUGUAUGGUAGAUCUACAGUUUUUUUGGUCAACAUGUUGGUGCGCGGAAUUGAAAGUAUUUUAUUCAACAAAUUGUAGCGUGUGCCAUUAAUCAUAGGAUGUUUCCCUGUUCUUGGAAAACAUCAGAAAUUAGCUGUUUAUAUAGACCCUGUUAUAAUGGAU